CCGCCCAUCCCCCGCCGCGAGAUCCGUCGCCCUACCUGUAUUUUCACCCAGUCUUUACCAGUCCCGUUACGCUCCCUCCAGAUUAUUUAUUCUUCCUCCCUUCGACUUCUCAUCGAUCUGCCCUGUACGCCGAUCUGUUUACCUCCACUAUACUUGGCCGCCUUCGGGGACUUCCGCAGCCAUGAGUUUGAAGGGUUUUCAGAAGAGCCUUGUCCGGGCGCCACAGCAGUUCAAGGCGAAAUUCAGCAUUGGUGAACACACCAAGGAUGCAGUCUACCUUGACGCUGAGCGACGAUUCAAAGAACUCGAGACGGAGACGAAGAAGCUCCACGAUGAGUCUAAGAAAUACUUUGAUGCUAUCAAUGGCAUGUUAAGCCACCAGAUCGAAUUUUCAAAAGCCAUGACCGAAUUAUACAAGCCCAUCUCUGGCCGUGCCUCGGAUCCCAGUUCAUACACCAUCGAGGGCAACCCUGAAGGUAUUCAGGCUUGCGAGGAAUACGAAGCGAUCGUCCAGGAUCUGCAGGAAUCGCUUGCGCCUGAGCUAGACUUGAUUAACAGUCGGAUCAUCAGCCCUGCGGAUCAGUUGCUCGAGGUCAUCAAGGUGAUCCGCAAGGUCGGUGUUAAGCGGGAUCAUAAGCAGUUGGACUACGAUCGGCAUCGCGCUUCUCUCAAGAAACUGCAGGACAAGAAGGACAAGUCUAUUAAGGAUGAAAAGGCACUGUACAAGGCGGAAAACGAUGUGGAGCAAUCGACGCAGGAGUUCAACUACUACAACGACCUUCUCAAGGACGAACUACCCAAGCUCUUUGCUCUCGAGGCCGAGUUCAUUCGACCACUGUUCCAGUCGUUCUACUACAUGCAACUAAACGUCUUCUACACGCUGCACGAGAAGAUGCAAGGAAUAAAUAUUGGGUACUUCGACCUGACCCUGGAUGUUGAAGAGGCAUAUGAAAAGAAGCGUGGCGAUGUCAAGGAGCAGGCAGAGGCACUCACCAUCGUUCACUUCAAGUCCACUGCCGGACGUCGACCGGGCUCCAAAUUCAAUCCCAAAGACAAGAUGGCACAAGAAAACAAGACUGGCGGGCGCCAAAACGACCCCGACGUAGUCGAGAACCCUCCGCCCCCUUAUACUGCCGCCGCCAGCAGCAGUUUGGCUGCCGCAGCGAAGGGCAAGCCCGCACCUCCACCACCUAAGCCCAAGCCAGCACGCUUCAACCAGGCUGUGGAGACCGUCACAGCUCUUUAUGAUUACGAAGCCCAAGCACAUGGUGACCUCAGCUUUUCCGCAGGUGAGGUGAUUCAGAUCACACAACGGACAGAGAACCAAAACGAAUGGUGGUCCGGCCGUGUCGACGGGAGAGAAGGCCAAUUCCCAGGUAAGUCCGUCAGUAGUUCAAUAUGAUCAAGACAAUGGCUAACAUGACCUCACAGCCAACUACGUUCAACUGAACUAGUAUCCCUCGCA